CAUUAUUAUUAUUAUUAUUAUGUAUUAUUUCAAGACGUAACAAACAAGAUCAAAACUUCCCCCAGUUUGUCCUUCACCCCUCUUCAGUUCCUUAACCCAAAGUUUCUGGCUCUAAUCUGAGAGUCUUUUUUAUAAUAGGACUUCCUCAGUUUCCCUUCUGUCCAUUUUUGUUUCUGGGAGUGGUCCCUUCAACCUCUAGCAGGUAUUGCAGCUCCUCCUCUUCAUUUCCUUCUCCUCCUUUUAUGAGGAUCACCCAGUAAAGCAGCAGGUCUUUUCCCAGAGGUAAAGCUUGAGGAAAAGAAGCACAGGAGUCUGUUCUCACUAGAGCAUGCUCGCCUCCAGAGCCUGGAAUGAAUCCUAAGACUCCUGACUCCCACCAUUCCUCUGCUGUCAACAAGUACCUAAGAAACCCCUGGCAAAGUGUCUCAUUCCCCUGCAGUGCUGGUCCACAUAGUGGAUGACAACCUACUAUUGCUAUUGUUUAGUCCAGUAGCUCAAGUGACAAGGAUCUGUGUGGUGGAUCUAAAGUUUCAGCCUUGUGGAUGACCUAUAUGGGUGUUAAUAUGAUGCCACAUGAUGGAAUUUUGCGGGAGAGAACAUUAGUUUGCCUUUUUUAAAACCCAGGAAGUUACACUGACAAAAUUACACUAAGAGAAUAUUAUUAAGAUUGUAAAAGACUAGUACUCAAAAGUUAGGAAAUGCCAUAAUUAUAGACAGAGCAACCUUAAUCAGCCCCCUUGCAUGUAUGUAUUAUGAUUAUGCUUGGAACGAUUCAUUUUUUAUCAGUAAAUGUCAAUUUCACCAUACACACAAAAAACAAUGACAAAAUAUUUCCAUCAAUAAUUGAAAUUUACGAUAGACAAAGAAAGAAAAAUGCUGCUUUGAGAAUUUAUUGAGCCAGACAGAGCUCCAGCCCCUCCCGGACAACACUCCUGGAUUCAGCAAGGUGUCCCAGCAAUCCAUCUCCCCUCUCUCCAGUGUGAAAGAGGAGACAGUUGGGCCAUCCCCCAGAUCCAUCAUACACUGGCUGUGGCCCUUCAUUGUCUGGGAUAAGUAUUCUCCUGCCAUUAACUAAUGUAAUUAGUCUAUAGGUCAAAUUGUAAUAGUCUGUGUUGAAGUACUGAAGGUUCAAACUCUGCUGAUGAUGCAUCAUAAGGGCUGGAUGUGACAGGUGUAAAUAAUGGAAUUAGUUUUUACCUCCUUCCUUUAAAACUAGGAAAUGACUUACAAAAAUACUACAUUAAAAGAACUCUAGGUUGCGAAGUCAAGAACUCAGAAGUUUGAUUGUCCAUACAUUCCUCUUUGUGAGAGUGCAUUAUGAUAUAGUCUUUAAUUACACACCCCAUGCUGUUUUUUUCCUCUGGGUAUUUGACUUACUCAGGGUACAAGUUGGAUGCACAAUAGGGCAUAAUUAAGUUUGCCCAAGCAACCAUAACUCUGGCAUUUCCCAGCUUUUGAGAGCUGGAUUUAAUUAAUCUUUUUUCCUUUUUUUUUUUUUACAUAAUUAUAAACUAAAUCAUGUAUGGAUUUUAUGCAAAUAUGGAUUUGGUGAAGUACUUAUGCCAAUGGGAGGUAGCAUCUUCAAAAAAUACAUAGGUGUCUGCUUCCAGGAGAGGUUUCCUGGCUGUGAAUUCCAAGCAGAGAGAGGUUCCACCCUCCAGCCUAGAUUUAGGUACCCAAGUUUAUGUGAGGAAUGGGGCUUAGGACACACUCCUUUCAUCAGUAUCUCCCUUUGGCUAGUUUACACAGGUCCCCACUUAGCAUGCUGGCUUUGGCAAAUCCCAUUCUUAGGCACCUAUAUCUCCCCAUUCAUUAUAUAGAGAGCCUAGGUGCUGGACUCAAGACUUUGUGGAUUCCAGUGGGUUUUUUUCUAGGCACCUAAAAGUUAGGUGUUGUAAUGCUUACUGUCACAAUGCCUGAGUCCCUUUGUGAAUCUAGCCCCCAGUGCGUAGUAUCAGUCUUUCCUGGGUUGGGGAGACAGGCCACCAUGCUUACACCUGGUUUUAUCGUAAUUUACAAAUUAAAACAAUGGAUCUUAACCCAAGAAAAACAGGGUUAUAAUAAAAAUGUUAUAGUCAUGAACUGUAGCUUUGCUGUCAGGUAUGGCCGUAAUGAUACUUUUAUAAAACUCCAUAUAUAUGGAAUGGAUUCCAACAUGUCUUAGUUUAGAAACUUUAACAAACUUCCCCUUUACUCAAAGGAAAACAUUUUUAAAUGUGCUUUUGAAAAUUCCACGAGGUACUAGGUUAGGCACAUAUCUGAAUCUGUAGGUACCUAAAUAUCUUUAAAAAUCUGGCCCCCGCCAUCUAUUUCCCUAUAGCCCUGUUCAAGUAAUAAUGACUUGUGCUUGUGCUAACCAAAGGUGCCAUGGCAACAAGGAUGCCCAGAAAAAGUAAGGGUGGGUGAAAACGUUACUUAGCAACAAGGAUCUUUAGGUUGGAGAGCUCUGUUCCUAAUUGUGAAGGAAAAUGACAGUCAAAAUCAAAAAAUGUAAAAACUCAAGGAGGAAAUGUGCAGUGACUGGUGAUGGUAAUGUGUUGGAAAGAAGUAUCAAAAGAAAGACAGAGGGGCAUUAAUAUGAAAUCUUAGGGAAUAUAGGAGCUUCUGAACAGACCUGGAACAAACCAGAAAUAAAAAGGGAACAGUAAGAGAACAAUGAAACCAAACAGCACAGAAUGAAAUGAAACCAAAACCCAGAAUAGACAUACAGAAAAGGAUAAUGGAAAGCAAACAGUGUUGAAAGAGGAAAACAGAGGACUAUAAAACAGAAGAGAGAGUUUCUAUGUACAUAUGUAGCUACAACUCUACUUAAGAACAUAAGAAUGACCAUACUGGGUCAGACCAACGGUCCAUCUAGCUCAGUAUCCUAUUUUCCAACAGUGGCCAGCACCAAAUAAUUCAGAGAGAAUUAACAGAACAGGUCUAUUAUCAAGUGAUCCAUCCCCUGUUGUCUAGUCCCAGCUUCUAGCAGUCAGAGUGUUCGGGACACCCGGAUCAUGGGGUAAUGCCCUGACCAUCUUAGCUAAUAGCCAGUUAUGGACCUAUCCUCCAUGAACUUAUUUAAUUAUUUUCUGAACCGAGUUAUACUUUUAGCCGCCACAGCAUCCCAUGACAGUGAGUGCCACAGGCUAGUUCUGCAUUGUGUGAAAAAGUACUUCCUCUUGUUUGCAUUAAAUCUGUUGCCUAUUAAUAUCAUUGGGUUUUUGUAUUGUGUGAAAGGGUAAAAAAUAACACUUUCACUUUCUCCAAACUAUUCAUGAUUUUAUAGACCUCUAUCAUAUCCGUCCUUAGUUGUCUCUUUUCUAAGAUGACCAGUUCCAGUCUUUUUAAUCUCUCCUCAUAUGGGAGCUGUUCCAUACCCCUAAUCAUUUUUGUUGCCUUUAUCUGUACCUCAUCCAAUCCUAAUAUCUCUCCUUUGAGAUGGGGUGACCAGAAAGGUAUGAAGUAUUCAAGGUGUAGGCAUACCAUGGAUUUAUAUAAUGGCAUCAUGAUAUUUUCUGCCUUAUUAUCUAUUCCUUUCCUAAUGGUUCCUAACAUUCUGUUGGCUUGUGCCGCUGUACAUUGAGCAGAUGUUUUCAGAGAACUAUCCGGGUUGACUCCAAGCUCUCUUGAGUGGUAACAGCUAAAUUAGAAUCCAUCAUUUUGUGUGUACAGUUGGGAUUAUAUUUUUCAAUGUGCAUUACUUUGCACUUAUCAACAAUGAAUUUCAUCUGCCAUUUAGACAUGUUUUGAAGUAUUUAACACUUUGCCCUCUUUGGGCCAAAUGCAAAGCCCACUGAAAUCUAUGGAAAAAUCUCAUUCACAUCAUUGGAAUCUGUAUUAGGCUCAUAGAGUCUUUCAUCAAAGACUGGAAGUCAGAAAGACUAAAUAAAGCAUUACAGAUUUAUGUCGGUAUGACUACAUCACUCAGAGGGGUGGAAAACGGGCUUCUCACAUUGACAUAGCUACCUCUCAGAGAGGUGGAGUACCUACGCUGACGGAUGAAGCUCUCCCAUUGGCAUAGGUAGCGUCUUCACUAAGCACUAUGGUGGCACAGCUGCAUUGGUACAACUGCAGCACUGUGAGUGUAGACCAGCCCUAAGACACACAACUUCCUUGCGCAGCAGAGGAGAACUUUAUUUGACAACUUUACAGAACGGGAAAACAGACAGACACAGAAGAGUGAAAAGAACGAGGCGUACUUGUGGCACCUUAGAGGCUAACAAAUUUAUUUGAGCAUAAGCUUUUGUGGGCUAAAACCCACUUCAUCGGAUGUAAGGUGCCACAAGUACUCCUCAUUCUUUUUGCUGAUACAGACUAACAUGGCUACCACUCUGAGAAGAGUGACGUGACUUCACAGAAACUAAUGUAAUUUAGCAAGUUACUACUUAGAUAUUUGGAAUGCUGAUUUGAGUGCCCAAAUAUGGAAGGCAUUGCCUUAAUUUAGGCACCCCAAUUUAGAAAGCUCCACCCACAGAUGACACUAAAGAUAUGUCUACACUUUUGAGUUGGCGAUAGGAGUCCCAGUUUGGGAGACAUACCCACAGUAGCGCUCACUGAGCUAGCAUGCUAAAAAUAGAUGGUAGCCAUGACUGGAGGAGCUAGCCACCCCAUGUACAUACCCAUCCAAGGCACCAGGCACAUACUUAAGGCACCGAGCACCACCGACCUCUUGCGCUACUGCGGCUACACUAUGUGUAGUAUGCUAGUUCAAACAGAGUUAGCAAGGAUAUGUCUUCUCAAGCUGGGAAUUACAUCCCCAGUUUGAAGUGUUAGACAUACCCUAAGCCAGGUUUGGCCAAACCUGAGUGGCGUUGCGACCCCAUAUGCCAGGUUGCAACACCCAGAGUCGGGAGUCAGAACCCCCAUAGGUUCUGCUGCUGUAAGGAGAGUACAGGCUCGCUCUCCAACACCUCCCUCACCCCGAGCCUUCCCUCCACACCAAGCCAAGAUCAGGGUUGUGGUGUGAAGGCAGAGGGUGCUGCUGCAGGUGGUCAGGGAGAGGAGAAGGAGGUGGCAGUGACAAAGGAGAAGGAUCCUUGCCUGUGAUUUUGCCUCUUGCCUCCUUCUCUCCCCCUCCUCCCCCUUAAUUUGGAUUCUGGAUGGAUCAUGCAAAAGAAAAAAUGCACCUGAUGGGUCCCCUUAGUAAAAAGUUUGGGAACCACUGUCCUUGCUGACACUAAGUUGUCACAUAGCAGCAUCAGGGAGCCAUGCUUCCUACCAUUUUUAGUUAGCUGAGACUCCAUCCUAUCCUGAUGGAUAAUGACCUGGCAUCAGCAAUACCUGCUUUCGUGACCUGCUGCCUGGAAAAAAAGCAAUGCAACAUACCUGGUUGUCAAGCCAUCAGCCCUUAGGAAACUCCAGCCAAUACAGAACGUUACAAUGUACUUCCUCAGCAACACUGGCUACCUCCAGUAUGUUUUCUGCUUUCUACACUGGCUUCUCAUUGAAUGUCAAGUUCAAGAUGCUCUAUGGCCUGAACCCACGAUAUCUAAGAUAUUGCUUAGACCUUCAGGAUAAAGAUUGUAGCUGACAACUCCUUCUACCAUAAGUUGAAGCUUGUCUGACAGAACCAUCUCUAGGGCUGUUCUGAUAUUGUGAAGCAAACUCUCUCAGGAACUAAGGGCCCUCACAAACUCCACCUCUUUCCACUUCCAGAGCAAGGCAUGCUUCUUCAAGCUGCCUUCUCUAACAUACAUUGAUCAAACUGGACAGUCUCUACGUAAAAGAAUAAAUAGACACAAAUCAGACGUCAAGAAUUAUAACAUUCAAAAAUCAGUCGGAGAACACUUCAAUCUCUUUGGUCACUCGAUUACAGACCUAAAAGUUGCAAUUCUUCAACAAAAAAGCUUCAAAAACAGACUCCAAUGAGAGACUGCUGAAUUGGAAUUAAUUUGCAAACUGGAUACCAUUAAUUUAGGCUUGAAUAGAGACUGGGAGUGGAUGUGUCAUUACACAAAGUAAAACUAUUUCCCCUUGUUUAUUUCCCCCCUCCACCCCCAACUGUUCCUCAGACAUUCUUGUCAACUGCUGGAAAUGGCCCACCUUGAUUAUCACUACAAAAGGUUCCCCCGCUCUCCUGCUGGUAAUAGCUCACCUUACCUGAUCACUCUCAUUACAGUGUGUAUGGUAACACCCAUUGUUUCAUGUUCUCUAUGUAUAUAAAUCUCCCCACUGUAUUUUCCACUGAAUGCAUCCGAUGAAGUGAGCUGUAGCUCACGAACGCUUAUGCUCAAAUAAAUUUGUUAGUCUCUAAGGUGCCACAAGUACUCCUUUUCUUUUUGCGAAUACAAACUAACACGGCUGCUACUCUGAAACUUCUCUAACAUAGACACACAGUAGCAUGCACAUUUAAAAACACCCAAAGACCUUCCAAAACAAAACACUCCACUCCAAGCACAAGUCUCCCCUUGGAGAGAGGAUGAAAGAGAGCAAGAGCAAGUCCGAGAACAACAUGACAGAUGUUAGUCAUGUUGCUUAUUGCAGGGGGUGGAGGGCACUCAGAUACUAUUGUGAUGUGGGUGGUAUAGGAACCUAUACAGAACCAGCCCUGAGGGUUGUAAAUAAAAGCUUAAAAAGUGAAGAGUGUGGGACCUAGCAGCUCAGAAAACAGAAGGCAAAUCAAACCCCACACUUAAAAACUCCUCAUGAUUUUUAAACCAAUCUCAUGAUUUUGGGGGAGCUGUUGUUUUGUUUGUACUGCACAUAUGGCUCCUGUGCUGCUAUUUUUGCCUUUCUGUGCCCCCUAUGUAUUCUCUUCCUUCUCUCCCGCCACCCCGUUCUGCUGGCAAGAGACGACUUGGGACAGGACCCAGCUCCCCUCCCGGGCUGGGCUGGCCACCUGGGCUUCGGCAGGGGCUGGCUGCAGGAUUCAGGAAGACGGCUCAGCCCUUUGCGUUUGGAAACCGAUCAGCCGGCAGGAAUCGAAACCGAAAGCGGACGGCGGGGGACGGUUAAAAGCGCCGUGAGCUUCCCCUGCUCAGCAGAACCUUGGAGGCAGGGAGCGGAGAAGCCGGAGAGACGUGCCCAGGCCACCAGCGGGAAGCGCAAAGGCUGAGGGUUAGCUACACCCUUCCAGCAAGGGCCGGGCGCAGGGGGAGAACCGCAGCCACCCGCCCCCGGCCAAGCGGCUGGGACCUGAGCGCCGGAGAAGCGUAGGGAGCCUCCCCCUUCCCUGGGCACUGGGGACUCUCGGAGCAGGCGGAAGCGCCAUCAUCCGACGCCCCCAGCCUUGCCACGGUGACUCCGGGCGCAGGAGAGAUGUCGGCCCUAUCGCCCGAGGAGCAGUUCCUCUACCUGAUCUCCUGCUUCAGGCAGCGGCUCACGCAGUCCAUACAGGUGGCACCGGUGCUGGACCGCCUGGCCACGCUGAGCCCGCAGGAGAAGGAGCGGAUCCGGGCGGUCGCUGCGCAGCAGGGCGACCCGCAGGCGGCUGGGUUGCUGCUGGACGCGGUGGCGCGGGGCUGCCAGCAGCAGGGCUGGAUCCAGCAGUUUGUCACUGCGCUGCAGCAGGGGGGCAGCGACUUGGCCGCCUGCUACGUGAACCCCAGCCUGAGCGAGCUGCCCUCCCCGGCGGAGGAGACCGAGCACGACGUGUGCGUGCGCCUGGUGCAGCUGCUCUAUGGCACCCUGGUGGACAAGCUGAGGAGCCGGCAGGUCACCAACAAGUGUGUGGAGAAGGGACUCUUCCAGGACGAUGACCAGGAGCGGAUCUUAGCUGCAACUGAAAAUCAUGGGGAUAGGGAAGGUGCACGUGAGUUGUUAAGUAGAAUAAUAAAGAAGAAAGAUUGGUUCUCUCCAUUUUUGGCUGUGCUGCGUGAAACUAAGCAUGGAAACCUUGCAGAUGAACUAAGUGGAAAUGUACCAGAAACCGAAAAUAAAGAAAAUGGGAUCAAGCAACCAGCUACUACAGAUGUGGACGUGGAAGCUGAAGAGCCAUUGGCCUCUGAAGUAGGGGAGGAGCUGAAGCAGAGAGAUGAAAUGAAUGAUAGUCUGGCCAGAGAGAGCAUUAUAUUAGGAACAUCUUUUGAAGACACUUCUGAAGUUUUAGAGUCUGAUGUCAGUUUGCCAGAUGCAAGUGUCAGUUGCUUAAAUGAAAGUAUGGGACAUAGUAGCACCACAAGCGGUGAUACAGAUGAGGACGAUACGGACAAAAGAGCUUCCCCUGAACCAGAGCUGAUUCUCAGAGAUUACCAGAUGGAGGUUGCAAAACCAGCACUGAAUGGGGAGAACGUUAUAAUAUGUCUCCCUACAGGCAGUGGUAAAACCAGAGUGGCUGUUUACAUUACCAAAGAGCAUUUGGAUAAGAAGAAAAGAGCAUCAGAGCCUGGAAAAGUUAUAGUACUUGUGAAUAAGGUACCAUUAGUGGAGCAGCAUUUCAGAAAAGAGUUCAACCCAUUCCUGAAGCGCUGGUAUCGGGUUACUGGAUUAAGUGGUGAUUCUCAGCUGAAAAUCUCAUUUCCUGAAGUUGUAAGAAAGAAUGAUGUCAUUAUCAGUACUGCCCAGAUCCUUGAGAAUUCACUGCUGAAUGCAACCACAGAAGAUGAUGAAGAAGGUGUCCAGUUAUCAGACUUUUCUCUCAUUAUUAUUGAUGAAUGUCAUCACACCCAGAAGGAAGGCGUUUAUAACAAUAUAAUGCGACGUUAUUUAAAAGAAAAGAUGAAAAACAAUAAAUUCAGAAAAGAAAACAAACCCCUGAUUCCACAGCCUCAGAUCCUGGGACUAACUGCUUCACCUGGCGUGGGAGGGGCAAGAACUCCUCAGAAAGCUGAAGAACAUAUUCUGAAAAUUUGUGCUAAUCUUGAUGCAUAUAGACUCAUGACUGUUGAAGAACAUGUCCCCCAGCUGAAAGAUCAGGUGAAGGAACCACAUAAGAAGUUUGUGAUUGCAGAUGACAAAAGAAGGGAUCCCUUUAGAGAGAAAAUUACAGAAAUCAUGACAGAGAUUCAAAAUUAUUGUCACUUCAACCCAACAUUUGAAUUUGGAACUCAGCCCUAUGAACAGUGGGCAGUUAAAGAGGAGAAAAAAGCUGCAAAACAAGAAAACCGUAAAGAACGUGCUUGCGCAGAGCAUUUAAAGAAAUAUAAUGAUGCCCUGCAAAUUAAUGACACUAUCCGAAUGAUCGAUGCAUACAACCACCUCAAUAACUUCUAUAAGGAGGAGAAAAGCAAGAAAACAACAGUAAAUGAAGACGAUGCUGAUGAACCAGUAGCAUCAAAACUAGAUGAAACAGAUAAGUUCCUGAUAAAGUUAUUUUAUGCAAAAAAGAAGCAGCUGAAAGAGUUGGCUGGAAAGCCAGAAUAUGAAAAUGAGAAGCUGACACAGUUGCGAAACACCUUAAUGGAGGAGUUCACAAAGACUGAUGAAGCUAGGGGAAUUAUCUUCACAAAGACUCGGCAAAGUGCAUUUGCCCUUUUUCAGUGGAUUAAGGACAACACAAAAUUUGAAGAAGCAGGAAUUAAAGCUCACUACCUUAUUGGAGCUGGUCAUAACAGUGAAUUUAAACCCAUGACUCAGAAUGAACAAAGGGAAAUCAUCAGUAAAUUUCGUGCUGGGAAAGUCAACCUACUUAUUGCUACUACUGUGGCUGAAGAAGGCCUGGAUAUCAAAGAGUGUAACAUAGUUAUCCGCUAUGGUCUUGUCACCAAUGAAAUAGCUAUGGUGCAGGCCCGGGGCCGAGCUCGAGCUGAUGAGAGCACCUAUGUACUGGUGGCAUCAGGUGGAUCGGGAGCUGUUGAACGUGAAAAUGUUAAUAUAUUUCGUGAGAAAAUGAUGUAUAAAGCUAUUCAACGUGUCCAAAGGAUGAGACAGGAGGAAUAUUUAAAUAAGAUUCAGGGUUUUCAGAUGCAAAGUAUAAUGGAAAAAAAAAUGAAGGCAAAGAGAGAUCAGCUUAAGACUUACAAGGAAAAUCCAUCACUAAUAACUUUCCUUUGCAAAAAUUGCCACAAACUGAAAUGUUCUGGGGAAGACAUACAAGUUAUAGAAAACAUGCAUCAUGUCAAUGUGAAAAAGGAGUUCCUGGACCUUUACAGCAUAAGAGAAAAUAAAACACUGCAAGAAAAACAUGCCGAUUACCAAACAAAUGGUGAAAUUAUGUGCAAAGACUGUGGGCAAGCUUGGGGAAAUAUGAUGGUGCACCGAGGUGUAGACCUGCCUUGCUUAAAGAUCAGAAAUUUUGUAGUUGUAUUCAAGGAUAAGAAAACCUCAAACAAAAUUUUCAAAAAAUGGGGAGAGCUGCCAAUCAAGUUCCCUGUCUUUGACUAUGCAGAGCAUUAUGUUUCCAGUGAUGAAGAUUAAGAAUUUGUUCAAGAAUGUAAAGAAAUGCAAAUAUUCAGCAUUAUUUUGACUGCUAUGAUCAGACUCCACUUUUGCAUACAGAAGGUCAAAUUUUGUAUCCUGCAGACUGUGGAAGGCCUUGAAUGCAGUAAAACUACUGUGUGGGAAGAAGAAGGACAUGGAGAGGAGAGAGGACUAUGCUGUCUGGCAGCUGUUUACGCUCCAGCAUGCAGGUUUGGGAUGGGUUGAGGAAAAAGAAGACCUUGUGGAGCCAGGCUUAGUGUGGGUCCACAGAACAAACCUACUCUUACCUACACAGCAGCAUCCAAUCAAUUAUCAAGGUCUCCCUUAUAUUUUUUUAAUUGCAACUGUCAUUUUUUAUUAUUGUAAUGAGUGCCUUUCGCUUGCUGAGACUUUCUUCAGAUAUUUUGGGGCUCUUAUCUCAACAGACACUUUUAAAAAAAUAACUUGAUUGUAGUUCAAAUGUGCAGAAAGCAGGGAUUGGGAAUCAGUUUUUGGUGACACAGCAGCGGAAGUGGAGUACAGGGUAUGCAAGCAUUAUCCCAGUGCAAGAGUUGGUGAGGGCCACCAACUCUUAGCAGCGGUCUAAGCUGGUCAUUUUCCACAUGUCCUUCCCCAUGCUCACAUUGCUACUACUCAGAAGCACAGAUGACCUUGCUGUCUCCACUUCUGCACUAUGUUCUGAAAGAGGAGGCCAGUGAGGGGAGUAGAUUUACCUAGUGUUGUCUCCCAGAAUGCUCUGCUUCUCUUCCUUUAUGCCAUCAGCUGGUGACUUCCAAAUGUGUUACGUAGUCAGACUAAAACUAAACUACCAUUAAAAUAUGGUUUGAAAAAUCACUGUAUUUAAGCCUAUUUAAAUAUCCAGCCUCUCAAAUUUGAGAACUUCAGUGACAAAUACAAACUUUACCUGUGCAGUAACAUGAGAAGACUGUGUAAAAUGUUGGAGAUAAAAUAACAUAGCCAGUUAAUAAAUAAUCUCUGUAAACUGUGAUACAUCUUAUUUCCUGUCACCAUUAGUGCAUAGACAUUCAUAUGCAGUAAUUGUUGAAGCUUCUCUUCAUGACAUAUUUUUUAAAUAUUUGGUGUGAAAUCCUGGUCCUAUUUGAAGUUGAUGGCAAAACUCCUAUUGACUUCAAUAGGGCCAGGAUAUCCAUCCUUGCAAUUCAAAGUGCAGCUCUGCUCUAAAAAGUAACUUCAAAAAUGGCAUCAUGUGGUUCCAUAUUUUUCUCAUUGACCAAUUACAUAUUUUUUCACCUUGCAAGUAAAAUAAGUGUGGGUUUUGUCUUGUCUUCCUAAAUGUCAGCCUUUUAAACUCAACCUGGGAUCUCUGAAAGUAAACCUGUGUUCUUUCUGGCUUGAGCAUCAUUGCUGGUAACCCUGACCCAAAUGAGAUCUGCAAAAGUGCAGCUGAGGUGCAACUGCAUUGUUCUGCAACUCCAGGUGAAGAUCCUGCAGUUGAAACAUAGCUAAAAAUUCUUUUUGCUUAUGCACGAGACAGAAAGUAAUCCAGCUCACUCUCUCAUAUGUAUACCAGCUUUAUGUUGCUAACAGGAGUAAAAAGUAGUAUGAACUUGUUUUUGUUAUUAAAGAAUCAGUGUCCACAAGGAGCAAAUCUGUUGAGUUAGGACUUCUGACCACACUUUAGGCAUAUUAAAUUAAAUUGUUACAUAAAAAAAACAGUAACAUAAAUUAUGACUGGCAGAAAACAGUAGCUUAACACAGAUAUCAACAAACUGUGGUAUGGAACAAUGUUAAAUUUUAAUUUACAUAUGUCAAUGUCUAUUCUGAUAGGCUCAUCUGAGGUCUAUAUUGUUUUAUUUAAAUUCUGGCCUCAGUCAUUCAGAUAACUCAUGGGAAUCUCUGCUGAUUGACUCAGGAGUCAAUUUUAGUAUUUGCUCUUUUAAUUUCAUUGUGCAUUAAAAUGUUAAUAUUUAAAAAUACUACUAAACUAAAUUUCAUGAUAGAUAUGGAGAAAUAUCCUGGUAUUUCUUAUGAAAACAUUUAGAUAGCAUGUAAUAAUACCUGCCUACAGUGGUGCUGUGUUUCACUGAGCAUCAAGUUUUUUAUUCAAGAUAAAUGCUGAAUUUGACUUCACCUCAAUCAUUCUCUCCCAUAUUUCAAUUAAACUGGAUGUUCUGCUCAUCUGAAGUGAUAGCUGCUCAUUUUUAAAUGAAUAAUAGGGUUAUAAAAAUAAAUGUGUAUUCUGAUUAUAAGUUUUCCACUACAGGAAGAUUGUAGAUUACAAUGUGCAUAAACUGUAUAAAUUGUGGCAUGGGUAACUGAAUAAUUUAGACCUAUAAAUAACCCAACAAACUACUACUUCAUGGAUGGAAAUAACUUUCUGACGUCAAAAGUGUGAAGGCCAACAGAUUAAUAUCCAUUCAAAUGUUCUGAGACAGUACUUUACAGGUCCUUUAUUGAUACUAUUAACAAAAAAGGCAGUGGGAUACUGGAGGAUAAAUAGAACAUGGCACAUGGGGGUUGAAUUUUACGUGGUAUAUAUCUAAUCUAUAAUGAUAUUCCUCCUCUUACAUAUUGUGUAAAGUAUGAUACAGUUUAUAAACAAAAGCUUUAUUCAUUUCAGUA